CUAAUGGAUGACUUGACCGACUUCCAAGCAUCUGAAGAAUGGUACAUCAGUCGCGGCAUUCCGUAUCGGCGCGGGUACCUCUUGUUCGGACCGCCUGGCACUGGCAAGACGUCGGUAAUAAAAGUCCUCACUGGCCUCAUGGGGUAUUCACUCUGCCUUCUUGAUUUGGCGAGCGAGGGAAUGAGCGACGCUUCUCUCACCAACUUGUUGAAUGCGGCCCCUGCAAAAAGUGCGUUUCUAAUUGAAGAUAUCGACCACAUCAUGACAAAGCUGGAGACGAGCUCGAGCAACACGUUGACUGUCAGUGGUAUGCUCAACGCUCUCGAUGGGGUAGCCAGUCAAGAAGGAAACAUCUUCUUUUUCACAAGCAACGACCCGAAGUCCUUGCCUGCGGCCUUAUUUCGACAUGGGCGCAUCGAUGUGAGGUGCUGCUUGUCAUGGCUAGACGCUGAGCAAGCUAAGAUUUUUCUGGACGGAUUCUACCGCGGCGUGAUUCGGGAUGCUGACGUCAAAGCUUUGGACAUGUUGAAAGACGCUGCGGCUGAUGCGGCCGGUAAAUUUUACAUCACGCCAGCAGCGUUGCAGGGAUACCUUCUGCACCACAAACAUUCCGUUGUCGAUGCCCAAAAGACCUUUCCCCACUUUUGCGCAAGCUGCACACUGCGAUCCGCAAAGGCAGACAAAUACGACGACAUGUACGCAGACACACUCAACCAAAAAGCGAGAUCGUCUUCGGCCAUCCUCCAAGGCGACAAACAGCCUUUGUCGUUAUCAACGCUGCCAUCAGUAAUGUCAACGACGCCGAUGAAAACUCGUUUCUUUCAAAUAUCACCCUCCAAAGAGGAGCAGAACGACGACGGCAACCCCGAGCGCAGCUUGCUUGGGAAUGUGACGCAGACGAAGCCACCGCCCACCAGAUAUCUUGUUUAA